AUGGCGCCGCCGGCUCAUAAACCGCAACAAACCGUGUUAUACCAUGAAAUCGUAUCACAUGCACGAGUGGUAAGCGCCUGCAUUCGCUCGGCAACAGAGGAACAUCAAGGGCAGGUGCUACUGCAACAACAGCAAGAAGAGGAACARCAGCUGCAAUCSAUCGAUAGCGGCAGCACAACAAUCGCAGACCAAACAAAUUCAUCACUCACAUCCAACGAAGAGACAACUUUGCCAAUAGCAACAGCCACUGAGCAGAGCAAAGACGAAUUGAGCGGAGCGAGGAGUAGUAGCGGUAUUGAAACUAUCAAAAAGUCCUCGUGCUCGCCUGAGCCGUCGUUCAUCCGAUCGAAUACGGCAUCACCGGAAAGAGCAACAGACACUGAGAUCACUGAAGAUAGUUUGGAGCGUUUGCAGAACCGUUAUCAUUUAUUAUAUUUGAAGGCGUUUGAGGUACAGCUUUGGUUGGACGGAUUGUUGCGCAAGAAAAGUUCGAAUACGAGCAUCGUUAACGCCGCCGAUUAUAUUGAUGACAACGAUAAUGUAAAUUGCCAUUCAUCCGCCUGUGAAGAAGACGAGACAGCUGCAACAGAGGACGACCUAAAUAUACUCGGUUCGGGAAUCGAAAGCGAUCUCACACAUAACUCUUCCUCGUUUGGGGAGCUGCGGGAUUGYAUUGAUUUGGUUGAAGAGGGAAAUCACGGCGCCGAAAAGGGUGACUGCGAMGACGGUGACGACGAAGGMGAAGAMGAGGACGACGACGAAGUUUCGUUUGGCCGUUCCCGCUUUGGCAAGCCGCCACGGGGCUAUAGUACAGUAUUGGUUACAUUCGAGAAACGUGGCAGCCUUGGUGGUCCAACACGACCAACAACGCUCACUGAUUUCGAGGCUGACUCUGAGAGCAGCGACUGGGAGACAACCGCGCAACAGGUGGUCACUCAGAAGUCAGACCCAAGCCAUCUGCAGUUAUUCAACGAAGAAAUUGCAAACAAUUCAAAUCAAAUCGUCACACCGCUAAUCGAUGACGCAGGCAGCAAGGUCACUCAAUUACCAUUUGAUAUUCACACCUCGUCCAGUGCAACAUWCGACACUUACCUGCAGCAAGAUGACAUCGACGGUUUGAUUGCAAAUAAACAGCAUGAAAGCGCGUCAGUCCGCGCAUCACCAAUUUCRAUGAAAACGAAAACGAAUAUGCUUAACGMAGAUUAUGAAAAUCGCAARCUAGUCUCAAUGAGCGCGUCAACAGUGGCCGCCACAACCACCGCCAACACUGCCAAUGAAACUAAUGCCAACUCCGCGGGCACACAGCCUCCGCAGAAACUUCAAACACUACACAAUAACACACCGAUCGGUCUGCCGAUCAAACAAAAGAGCAUCGCAAUCAUAUCGCCGAAUAGUCACAACAAUAAAUCGCCGACCGUCUUGCGCAAGCGACAUUCACAGCAUCACACCGACAUCUCAAAGUUUAAUCGAUCAAAUCGKAAAUCGAAAAAUUGUGCCGUUUUCUACUUCAAACAUCUGGAUACGGACAACGAAACAAACUGCAGCAGCGUGGGUGACGCCGCUGAUUUUAACACCACAGCAGAUGGUCUAUCCUCGUCUAAUUCACAAACAAGCGAACAUCAUUUGUUGAAAUCGGCUGACGCGUCAUCWGAUGACGACGGUGGCUGGYUGUACUCGUCUGUCUUACCGCCACAAAGCGAAGAGGGCGCUGGCGCAUGCGAUGGUGUAGAAAUCGACGAAAAAGGUAACAUCUGCAUCACAACCAUAGUCAUUGAUGGCAUGCAGUCGUCCGCUGUAACAUCUAGCACAGCAUUAACUACAACACCAACAGCGAACCGCGUCAUUAAUGACGACUCAGAUAAAGAAAAUAAGGAAGCACGCGCUGCCACACUAACCACCUUACCAUUGACGAAUGUUUGCGCACAAUCUUGCGACAUAAGCACGGUGCCGUCGUCACAAAUUUGCACACAAAUCGCACACGCCGAAAUACAAUUGACCCCAGUAUCCACAACUUCGACAGCGGAAACGGCACUGUCUGCAGGUCGAUUUAAAGUGAAAAACUUCGCUGCCAGUGGUAGCAGCAGCAGCUACAGCACCAGAAGUAGUAGCUGUUCGUCGAACGAUCUACUCACCGAGACGACAUCGGCCACUAAUACAACGCAAAUCACUCAAAUGCAUUUCCAGCGCGUGCAUCGCACCGAAAUGGAAUUGCAAAUCGACGCCAACGGUAAUAAAUCCAGGCAUGUGACCGCCGAUGUUGUGAGCAGCGCUGUGACMACCAAUAAUUCCCAUAACAAUAACAACAACGGUGAUGUUGAUAAGUGCAAUGCAAACAACAACAACAACGCCACCAAGAGGGACGACAAUGCAAAUCAUAAGGCUAAUAAUAAUCAGAGUGUUGUAUUGCACAAACCGCAGAUGCCCCAACAAGCGCUUACUUCAAGUGGAAAKAAUCAAAAGAGCGAAAUGUCUUAUUCCGUACGCUGGCACCCUAAAACUGUCAUGGAUCCAACCAAUAAAACUGCAAAGCAAUGUCAACAAAUGCAGAAAAUAGAAAGUAAGACAGUUCUUUUGCCUCCGCGUUCGCCAUUUAAAUCGGAAAAAUCACURCCGUCAACAGCACGAAGCGACAACUUCAGCCCACCUAAUGUGACAAAGAACGAAGCAGAUCGUUUAUACUCGUUGAAAUUUUUUGRCGAAUACGAUAUCUURMACUAA